AUGGCGGGCUCGGGGCAGCUGCGGGGCAGCGGCGGGCGGGGGCGGUUGGUGUCCCUGACGCGGCUGCGAACGACGGGGGUGGGGCAGGGUCGGCACACGGGUGUCCGGAUGUGGGCGCUGGCUUCUGCAAUGAACGUUGGCGGGCGGGGGGUUGCUGGGUUCUCGGGGCGGGCUGCAGCGACAGCGGCUCUGCGCGGGGCUCCUCGGCGCACGGGUAGCUCGGCGUGCGGUUCCGGGGUUUUGGCAGAUCGCGGGGCAGCUCUGGGGUCUCCGGCGCUGUGGCAGCGUGGGGGGGUGGCCAGCGCAGAAAAAACAGUUUUUCCACCAGAUGACUCCGCCGAGAAAAUAACUAAGGAGAGAAAUUCAAAUCGAGACUUGCAGAGACUCCCCUCCAAGAAGGAUGCAUCUACCCAGGCCUCUGACUGUGCAGAGUGUCUGAGCCUGUCAUUGGUACCAGAGGAUGGUGUGGGAGGCACCUGUGUACGAUGCGAGCAGAGAGACAGAACUCUGCCCUAUGAAUUACUGUGAAUCCUUACAUUAGAAAUGGCAAAUACAUUGCCUGUGUCUGACAAUUUAGUUGACCGUUACGACAACCAAAGUGUGCCUCCUCUAGAACUAAACAUCAGCAACUCCUGUCCAACUAAUCUUCCUAAUAUAAAAAAGGAGUUCAAAGAGUCCGAAGUAAGAGUAUUGGUUAAAAAGAGGCAAAAGAAAAACAACCACAACUUAAUUGAACGAAGAAGAUCUAAAAUUAAUGAUUGUAUAAAAGAACUGAGCACCUUGAUACCCAAGUCAAAUGACCCAGAUAUGCGCUGGAAUAAGGAAAUGAUCCUAAAAGCCUCAGUGGAUUACAUCCAUAAGCUGCAAAGAGAACAGCAGUGCAUGAAAGAGUUGGAAAACAACCUGAAGAAACUGGAAUAUGCCAGCAAACACCUGUUGCUCAGAAUACAAAAACUUGAGAUGCAAGCUCAAGCACAUGGACUAUUCCUUGUUCCUUCUACAAGCCUUUACUCCCCUGAUAUAGUCAACAAGGUCAUCAAACAAGAGCCUGUGCUGGACAACUACACCCAAAACAUGAUGCCACACCACACAAACCUGUCCUGCACCACCACUCUCAACCUCACUGACGGCACCAUCACCUUCAGUGACAACCUCGGGAACGUGACUAAACCAACUGACACUUACAGUGUUCCUGCAAAAUUGAGAUCCAAACUAGAAGAUAUCCUGAUAAACGAUACUAUCUCUCCUGUUGGGAUGCCUAUUGGGUAA